UGUUGAUUGGCAGGGCAAAGCAAUCUGGGCCCCAGUUGGCGGAGCUCUCCGGAUGGAGAGUGAUGGUGGUGGCGGCGGCGAAGAUGGGCCGGGCAGGGACCAUGGCUGUGGCGGCAGAGGUGGCAGGGGCGGGGCGGCUGGCGGUAGAGGAGGCUGUGGUCUUCAGGGGGCUGUAGGUGGAGGCAUGGCUCGGGCCAGCAUCGGGAACGGCAGCGAGGAGGCCUGGGGGGCACUUCGGGCGCCGCAACAGCAGAGUCCGGCAGCGUCUUCUCUUGAGGGAGCAAUUUGGAGAAGAGCUGGAACCCAGACUCGCGCCCUGGAUGCCAUCCUUUAUCAUCCACAGCAAUCCCAUCUGCUUCGAGAGCUAUGCCCAGGAGCGAACAACCAGCCCUACCUCUGCGAGAGUGGUCACUGCUGCGGGGAGACUGGCUGCUGUACCUACUACUAUGAGCUCUGGUGGUUUUGGCUCCUCCUCUGGACUGUCCUCAUCCUCUUUAGCUGCUGUUGUGCCCUCCGCCACCGACGAGCUAAACUCCGGCUGCAACAACAGCAGCGGCAGCGUGAGAUCAACUUGUUGGCCUACCAUAGGGCAUGCCACGGGGCUGGCCCUGCCCCUACCAGUUCCCUGCUUGACCUUCGCCUCCUCAGCGCCUUCAAACCCCCAGCCUACGAGGAUGUGGUUCUCCGCCCAGGCACACCGCCACCUCCUUAUACGGUGGCCCCAGGCUGCCCCUUGACUGCUUCCAGUGAACCAGCCUGCUGCUCCUCCUCAUCCAGCUGCUCUGCCCACUGUGAGGGAACAAAUGGGGAAGGUGUUUCCUCCCACCAGGGUGCCCCCCCUUAUCAGGAGGGUGAGCUUGUAGCAGGGGUGAGCCCUGCCCCCACACCUGCCUCCUGCCGCUAUCGCCGCCUGACUGGUGACUCAGGUAUUGAGCUCUGCCCUUGUCCUGCCUCCGGUGAGGGUGAGCUGGUCAAGGAGGUGAGGGCUGGUGGUACCCUGCCAGAUCUGGAGGACUACUCCCCUUGUGCACUGUCCCCAGAUUUGGUGCCCCAGGUGUCCCCCUUGGGGUUGGUUUCCAGUAAAGAGGACAUCCCAUAAGUAGUUUUGGGAGGAUGGGUGGGUUAUUUGCCCAGCAGAAACAGCCCUGGGGCCCAACUCCUUGAGUUCUUUGGCCCCUCCCUUCCCUCCUAGAAUAUGCCUGAAAGGGCUGGAGCCCUGAGGAGAGGGGCAGUAUUUGGGGGACUGUGCUAGCUCUACCCCUCAAGACAUACACAGGAGCCUUUGAUCUCAUUAAAGAGAUGUGAACCAGCU